CAUCACGCGAGAGGAGGAUCUUCCGGUUCACGCGGCGGUUCCGUAUCGUGUCGUCCCCGGAGCAUGUGCCGCUCUUGGUUGUGUUAGUAUGGCGGUGCCGUGGAGCCGAUGCUGGAGGAGCGGCGCUGGGGCGGCUGUGCUGCUGGACUGGUGUGGCGGGUUCAGCAGAAGAGCUUUCACUCACGCGGUUUCAGCAGGAAGAAGAACGCGGUGUUCCACCGCUGCGCCGCAGCCAGCGACCGCACGGAUGAAGGUUUUAUUCCGGCAGGGCCCUGUAUAUAAUUUUAACAGACCAAUGACUAUUGCAAGGCACAGGAAUAGAUGUCUGUACACAACACCACGAGUUGGUUGCAGUAUAUGCAAUGAUGCAAAGUUAAAAGAUCCUUUCUCACUAGCACAAAAGGACUUGCAAAAUUUAUAUGAAGACAUCAAAAAGCAGCUGCUCGUCUCUAAAGCGGAGCUGAAAGCGCUGUGUGAUUAUUACUUUGAUGGGAAGGGAAAAGCCUUUCGACCCAUGAUUGUGAUCCUGAUGGCACGAGCUUGCAACGUCCACAGCAAUAAAGAGGGGGUCCUGCUGCCGGCGCAGCGCUCCAUCGCAAUGAUCUCCGAGAUGAUCCACACUGCCAGUCUGGUGCAUGACGACGUUAUUGAUGAUUCGGACACAAGACGUGGGAAAAACACCAUUAAUAAAGUCUGGGGAGAGAGAAAAGCGAUCCUGGCUGGAGAUUUCAUUCUGUCAAUGGCAUCCAUGGCAUUAGCACGCAUCGGGAACAAUACAGUAGUGUCUGUGCUGUCACAAGUCAUAGAAGACCUUGUGCGAGGUGAAUUCAUGCAGCUGGGGUCUAAAGAGAACGAAAACGAGAGAUUUAAGCACUACCUUGAGAAAACCUUCAAGAAGACUGCAAGUCUCAUUGCAAACAGCUGUAAAGCAGUGUCAAUUUUGGUCAAUUCUGAUCCUGAGGUGCAUGAGAUCGCCUAUCAGUAUGGACGAAAUGUUGGCAUUGCAUUCCAGCUUGUGGAUGACAUUCUGGACUUCACUUCAUGUGCAAACCUCCUGGGGAAGCCGUCAGCUGCCGAUCUCAAACUGGGUCUGGCCACCGGUCCCGUUCUGUUCGCUUGUCAGCAGUUUCCUGAGCUGCAUGCAAUGAUAAUCAGACGCUUCAGCUCUGAUGGAGAUGUGGAUCGAGCCUGGCAAUAUGUCCUGAAGAGUGACGGUGUGGAGCAGACGAACUACCUCGCCCAGCACUACUGCCAAGAGGCCAUUCGUCAGAUCCGCCGGCUGCGGCCGUCGACCGAGCGGGACGCGCUCAUCCAGCUGACGGAGCUGGUGCUGCGCCGGGACAAGUGAGCCCGGACGUAGAGCUCCACACUCAGGCAGCUACACCUCUGCAGGACCCUGCUGUGAGACAGACGCCGGGGCUUCAGAGAGCAAAGAAUCACACUUACAUUGUCACUGUAUGCUUUACCGUACUGUACUCCGUGGUGUUUUACUGAUACUCCAUGAAAUCAUUGUAAUUCCAGGUGUUGCACGGAUGGAUGUGCUACGGUCACGUGUGGAUCGUUACAGAUGCUCACUUAAACAUCCGUCCACACUAUGAAAGGCCAGACGUCUGAGAUGCUCAUUAGUGUACUUUUGCAUCAAGUGCUUAAUAACAACCAAGGCCUUAAACCUCACUACUUACUCAAAUUAAAGAAGAUAUUUUUAAGUAAA